UCGGGUCUAUAAUGAAUCUUAAUUCCAUUUUCAAUCAUUAAAUAAAGGAAACGUUAAAUUGGUUAAAUAUUAACUAAAAACGUGAUUUAAAAGUGUCAAUUUAAGCCAAUUAAAAGCCAAUUUAAAAGAACAAAUUUUAAGUUAUGAACUGAAAGCGUGUCUGUAACCAUGUCCAAUAGGCAGGAUCAGGGUAUUCAAAACGCAGCUGUGGACAGAUUGAAUCAAAAAGUAAGCUCAAUUGUUGUGCAGCCCUCGAGUCGAAAGAGUCGCUAUGAGGGCCGUUCGCAUUGGCGCCCCACCGUGCCGAUUAGCCCAUAUGGUUGGUAUCGUGUCCUCGUCUUCAGUCAGUAUAGCGGUUACACAGUGGAGCAGGUGCUAGAAAAACUGCGUGUGGCUGUGGCGCCACGAAAGCUCAAAUAUUACUAUUUACACGAAGGCGGGGAACAGGAUGUAGAGCGGGAUAAGCGUGCCACGUUCACCUUCUAUGUGGAUAGCUACAAGCUGGCCGCAGAGCUGCAGCUGCGUGGACAUCAGCCGCCAGUUGUGGGUCUGCGCGUCAACGAUCGCCCGCCCCUGAUCCAGGUGGACGAGGCGUACAAAUGGAAGCUGCGAAAGGUGAUAAUGUCUCGGUACGACGCGAAGAGACGCUGCCUGAAUCUGUGUCGCUUCUAUGCCGAUGACUACUGGAAAAGGGAGUUCUGUGCGCUGCAGCAGUUCGAAUGCUUGGAGGCAACCAUUGACAUCAUGGAGCGGGAGUUACCGCAGCUGCGUCGCCUGCUGCUGGACAACAAUUAUAUGUGCCAUUUGGGUAGCUUUCGUGGCGUGGAGCAGCGACUGCCACGCCUACACUCGAUCUCGCUACAGCGCAACGAGCUAAAGACGCUGCGUGAGCUGCGCGUCUUUCAGCGCCUGCAUCUCACCGAGCUCAGGAUCAAACGGAAUCCGCUGCCCCGCAACUACGAGCAACAGGUGCUGAUGAUGUUUCCGGCUCUGUGCAUGCUCAACGGUCGAAGCCUGAGACGCAGCUUGUCGAUACCCACGGUCAGACUCAGCGACAGUGAGAUCGACGGGGUCAUUAAUAGUGAUAGCGAUGUGGAGCUUGUCUCCGUCACUGAUAUCAAGCCAAUGAUCAUGCCUGAACCACGAGUCACAUACCUGGCUCCACAUUCACUGCCGAUGCAGCUGGGUGUCAGGAAGUUCGUGCGUCGAUAUCUGAAGGCGUUCGAUGGCGGCAACAGGAUGACAGAUCUGAAACGAUACUAUCACGAGCACGUGCUGGUCUCCCUAACACUGGGGCAGGAAGGCGCCAUGUUGGGCUUAUGGACCACGCCCUAUGCCGCCUAUAGCAGACAGCUGCUGGCCUGUCGAGAUGCUGUGCUCCAUAUGUUUGCGUCCUGGCCCAAGACGUUGCAUUUGCCGGCAACGUUGACCCUGGACUUAACUCUAGUCGAGUCGUGUAGGCUGUGCGUCUCCAUCACGGGCAGCUUUGAGGAGAACGGCUCAGCUGCCCGGCGGCGGCAUUAUAUGCGAAGCUUUCUGCUGACCAGGAGCGAGGACACAGCCGACUUUCGCAUAGCCAAUGAGCUCAUCUAUCUAAGUCGAGUUGGCCGAGGCGAACGGCAGCCGGCGUCACUCAAUCCCAUUCAACAGAAUUUGAUGUCCUUGCUGUCGGCGGAGACGAAACUCAAGUUGCGCUGGAGCAGUAAAUUCUUAAAAGAUACGAAUUGGGACUAUCAGCAGGCUUUGCUGGCAUUCCAGACACUCCUACGCCGGCGCCAGAUACCCGAGAACGCAUUCAACGGCAGUACAAUGCCCGAACAGAAUCUGUGACAUCAGCUGCGAGCCAUAGACCCAAUGUGCCCGCAGGGAAAUUGAAAAUUCCACUGAUUAUGCUGAUUAAAUUUUUUUUCAACUGGAUGUGAGGGCAUAAACUGUGCCCCGACUAUGUGAACAAGGAUGACCGUUCGUUCCUAAAAUACGAAUUUCAAUAUUUAGUUGCUCCAUUCGAAAAUAUGCUCGGGAAUACCACACACUAACCAAAGUUUAUUGCAACUGUUGUUGUCACCAUUUCCGUUGCAUGCCCCGCCUUGAGUCAGCCAAGCAUGGCAAUUGCCAUGGCAUCCGCAGC